AUGAUGAUGAAUGUCACUAGACCAUUGACCCCACAAUCGAUAAAAUCAGACCAGCAGUCCAAACUGCGGUUCCCCUUGGACCAAAACUCACUACUCCAGCAACAACAACAACAGCAACCAAAAACUUUCCAACAGGUUCAGUAUCCACAAGAAUUGUAUGAGUCUGAGCUCCAUAUCCACGAGCAAGCACUACAAGAAUAUAGCCUAGAUGUCAGAGACACAAUGCUUCAACUUUUGGAGAUUAGCAAACCAAACAUUUCCCUAUACAAGCAGCAACCAUACCUUACAUUUGCCAUUAGAUUGAAACUUGUCGAUUUCUUACUCAAAAUGUCUGUGAGACUCAAGGUUCUCCCGUUUGUGUUUUUCAAAGCAGUGAAGCUCUUUGACAGGUAUUGUUCCAAAAGAGUGGUGUUGCUCGACCAGGCUCAAUUGAUCAUUACUACAUGUUUAUGGAUCACCAGUAAAAUGGUUGGUGGCAACAACCAUUUUGUCAACUUGAACAACCUUGAAAGAAUAGGCGCACACAACUUUAAGACUAUUAGUGACUUGGGAUUUGGUGCUGGAGGCAAAUUUAUUGGCCCCACAGAAAGAUUCCGCAUGCCCAAAUUACACGAAUUGGUUAAAUUGUGUGGAGUAAAGUGUAAAUACGACCAAGGUAUGUUUAAGCAGAUGGAAGUACACGUGUUGAACACUUUGGAAUGGAACUUGAAUGAUCCAUCCAUUGAAGAGUUUAUUGUUGCUAGUCACGAAUUUAGCAUAUUGGAGCAACAACAUAGUAGUGGUGGCUAUAGCCAAAACAAUAAUGGUGAAGGCUGUAACAAUGGUGGUGUAGUAGUGGUAUUUGGUAACUAUGGUGGUGAAUUGUUCAAAGUUAAGGAGUACUUGAGCUAUGCUGCAUUGUACAAUUCUGAGUUGAUUGAUGUCAACUCUUUAGAAUUGGGUCAAGUUGCACUUGACUUGAUCAAUGAGGUGUUCAAUAUUGACGAGCUGAGUCCCAAUUAUCAAGUUUUAAACAGUGAUUGCGACAAUGUUUUAAGUUUUGAUCAGUUGAGGUACAAUUUCAUAAAGAGAAAUUUGGUCAAGGCUGUGCUCGAUAGCUCUGAUUUUUUACUCAACUUGUUUGAUUUUAGCGCACCACAGUUUUUAUACCAACUGAUUUCAAUUCGAUACAAAAGCCUGGGGCAACAGCACUCAUUGUUUACAGAAGGUGCACCACUUUUGGCGCCAUUACUGGUGCCUAUUUUCCAAAACCAAUAUCACUCAUCAAGGUCGUCCUCUGUCUCGUCAACCGAGUCUACUGUACCUCGCUCAACUACACCGGCCACAACAUGCAGCAAUUCAUCUAUGUUGCCACCACCACCUCAGCAACAACAAAUUAAUUACCAGAACCCAAACCAGAACCAAAAUCACAACAAUAACAAUAACAAUUCCUGUGCACCUUCUCAAUUUAAUUUUACAAGUGAUGUUUCAUCAAUGCCAACACCCGUCAUUCCAUAUGCUGUAACACAGCAAAGAUCUCUUUUCCAAACGUCUACCCCACCAAGCCUGGCCAAACGGUCUAUUCCAGCACCUUACCAAUUGAAUAAUAACUUGAGUUCAACCAUGAUUCCAGUUUCAUUGCCCCUCCCACGACAAUAUCAGCAACAACAACAGCAGCAACAACAACAGCAACAACAGCAACAACAACAGCAACAACAGCAGCAACAUUUGCAGUCAACUGCAAAUAAGUUUCACAAGUGCAAUUCUUUUGCCCACAGUCAAUGGCGCAAUACUCCAGAACCAUUGGUUGGUCUAAACAUUAGAUGGAACACUUCGCAGUCUAGUGUAACUUCGUCGAUGUCGAAUACCUAUGAGUGCAGUAAUUCUGAUAAAUUUGACAAAUUUGACAAAUUUGAUAAAUUUGAUGUGUUUGAUAAACCGCACGCUUCGAUGAUGAACCAAGGCAGUGUAAGUGGAAGAAGUGAUAGUGUGGGUAGUGCAGCUACAUCGAUGAAUGACAAUGAGAGUCCAGUGAUGCUUACAAAGAAAUUACGGACACUGAUCAACCAGUCGAGAGAAAUGAAGGGAGCUUGGUGA